UCUCGUUUUUCAUCUCCUUCUCCUCCUUUCUGUUUGAGUCUCCCUCGGACUAAAAUCAAGAGAUAACACGGCACAAUAACAGUAGGAUCGGGGGUUGGGGGAGUGAAUCUUCCACGGCAAGCUGCACACACCUAAAGCUGAUAUCAGCGUCAACUUCGUACCAAGAGUGGUCGGAAAUUGUUGACGGCGGCGCUGACCCUCUUCCAUGGCAACAUAGGCAAACCCUGACAAGGUCAUGCCGGCGAUCAAGGCCUCCACGAUUGAAGAGAUGAAAUUGGAAAGGUUUUUAUGUUAUACCGGUUCAAUUCAUACAUGACUUCGAUUUAGACCGGUUCUCACCGAGUCAUCCAGUUCUUCACCGGGUUCUUUCAUUUUCGAUUUGGCAAGAGACCAAUUCCAGUCGGACUGGUGGGUCUGGCUCGGAUUUUAAAACCAUGUUUUUUCCCUUCCUCUUCUCAAGGAUUGUAAAUAAUAUCUCAUCUUAAAUUUUCUUAAAAAAAGUUUGUUUAUGAUAUGAUUUUGUUUUAAGACAUCAACUCCCAAGCACAUUAGUUUGGAAGGGAAAAGAGAGUUUUAGUGUUUGUCCAAUUUGGAUUAAGCUUAAAGAUCUGCCCCUCUUGAACUAUGAUCUCCAUAUGCUUUGGGGAAGAUCUGUUCUGAGUUGGGAAGGCCGGUGUGCGCCGACAAACUCACCACUAAUAUGGAGAGGUUAUCUUUUGCUAGAGUCUUGGUUGAGAUUGAUGUGGCCAAAGAGAUUAAAAGAUGCGUCAAGAUCAUGCUUCCUAAUGAACAUGAAAUUUCUUAGGAGGUUAUUUACAAGCAGAUGUCCAGUUUCUGCAGAAUUUGUUCGAGUCUGGGCCACAUUGAACAGAACUAUACGGCUAAUGAACAAGUUCAGAGCAAGAUGUAUGAAGAACAAGCAAGUGUCAUUCCUGUUGAUUCUCCUUCCUGCAAUGCCAAGACAAUGCAGAGUAAAGAAUUUCAUGGGCAGGGAGAUCAUAUCGAGGCAAAGAGAGCUGUUCAGAUUAAUCCGAGUGCUGCACAGGGACAGAAGGUUAGUGAAUCUGAAGUCACUAAGGCAGAUAUGGUUAAGAGUACACAGCCAGGAAAAGCUCCUCUUGUUAGCACUAGGAGUGACCUGAAUCAUGGAGUGGGUAGCCAAACCGAAUGUAGGAAGAAGAUGCAGGGACAGAGUGUACUUGUCGUGACCACACCUACGAAGAAUUACGCAUCCGAUAUCCACAUGUCCGUUUUACGGUUCACGUGACUAAUUAUACGCCCCUUGAAGUUGAUCUCACAACUCCAAAGGGAGGAUAAAUUCAGGUAGGUGGCCUUUUUAGCUGAUCUUUUGAUUGUAUUGCUUUGCAAUUGUGUUGGGGACUUGGUUCCCCCCUCUCGGUGUAUGUCCAGAGUUUUCUAUACAUAUUUCAUUUCAUCAAUAUAAUUUAUCAUUUAUAGAUAAA